AUGCAACUCACCACCCUCCUCACCCUCACCACCGCGACUCUCGCCUCCGCCGGCGCAGUAGUACCCUCCCAACUACUCCAAGAGCGCCAGGAGGGUCCGAGCGAGUGUGAUAAAGCUCUGCCCUGCAACCCGGGCCAGUACUGCUGCUACAACCGCGGCGACACCUACGUCAUCCAGGUGUGCACCUCGCAGCGCCGCUGGACGCUGAGCUCCGAGUGCGGUGCCAUCGGCUGCUGCGAGUCCGGGGUUGGCGAUACCAAGUUUUGUACUUGUUAG